AUGUUCAAUCCGCAAGCUGCUCGCAGGCCGCCUGGCAGCAUGCAGCCCAAUCCUGGCGCUCCUGUCCAAAGUCAAAGUGACAUAAAUGCCAAGGAAAAGCUUGCUGCUUACGUGUAUGAGUAUCUGGUGAAUUCUGGAGCAACGAAAACCGCUGAAGUAUUCAAAGAAGAAGUAUUAAGUGUAAGCUUCCGUAUUCUCAUUUUUACUUAAAG